GGCCUUUUUUUUUUUUCUUUUUUUUUGCAGCCGAGGGCUUUGCUCAGACGCGUCCCACAGGCCGUUCGUUUCCCAAGCCGGCUUUUCAGCCCCAGAAGUUUUUUUCCUCUCCCCUCCUCCCCAUUUCUUCUUUUUUUCCCUUCUUGCAUCGCGGAGCUGCUUGGCUGCGUUCCACCAUGCCGGUCUUCCACACCCGCACGAUCGAGAGCAUUCUCGAACCGGUGGCUCAGCAGAUCUCUCACCUGGUCAUCAUGCACGAAGAGGGCGAAGUGGACGGCAAGGCCAUCCCGGAUCUGACCGCUCCCGUGGCCGCGGUGCAAGCCGCCGUCAGCAAUCUGGUCCGGGUUGGGAAAGAAACAGUUCAAACAACUGAAGACCAGAUUUUGAAGAGAGACAUGCCGCCUGCAUUCAUCAAGGUGGAAAAUGCUUGCACAAAACUUGUGCAGGCAGCUCAGAUGCUCCAGACAGAUCCUUAUUCAGUACCUGCUCGUGAUUACCUUAUAGAUGGAUCAAGAGGUAUUCUUUCUGGGACAUCGGACUUACUUCUCACGUUUGAUGAAGCUGAGGUGCGGAAAAUCAUCCGUGUCUGCAAAGGGAUUCUGGAAUACCUAACUGUGGCAGAGGUGGUGGAGACUAUGGAGGACUUGGUGACGUACACAAAGAACCUGGGGCCAGGAAUGACCAAGAUGGCCAAAAUGAUUGAUGAACGACAACAAGAAUUGACUCACCAGGAGCACCGGGUCAUGUUGGUGAACUCCAUGAACACUGUCAAGGAACUGUUGCCAGUCCUUAUUUCAGCUAUGAAGAUUUUUGUAACAACUAAAAAUUCCAAAAGCCAAGGAAUAGAAGAGGCCUUGAAAAAUCGCAAUUUCACAGUGGAGAAGAUGAGUGCAGAAAUAAAUGAAAUAAUCCGUGUAUUGCAGCUCACAUCCUGGGAUGAAGAUGCUUGGGCCAGCAAGAAGGACACAGAAGCCAUGAAAAGAGCAUUGGCCUUAAUAGAUUCCAAGAUGAACCAAGCCAAAGGUUGGCUUAGGGAUCCCAGUGCUCCGGCAGGAGACGCUGGUGAACAAGCCAUAAGGCAGAUCCUGGAUGAAGCAGGAAAAGUUGGAGAGUUGUGUGCAGGCAAAGAACGCAGAGAGAUUCUGGGAACAUGCAAAAUGCUAGGCCAGUUGACUGAUCAAGUAGCCGACCUUCGUGCUAGAGGACAAGGUGCUACACCACUAGCCAUGCAGAAGGCUCAGCAAGUGUCCCAAGGACUGGAUUUGCUGACAGCAAAAGUGGAAAAUGCAGCUCGUAAGCUGGAGGCCAUGACCAACUCUAAGCAAGCGAUUGCAAAAAAAAUAGAUGCGGCUCAGAGCUGGCUAGCAGACCCUAAUGGAGGCAGUGAAGGAGAAGAACACAUUCGAGGCCUCAUGGCUGAAGCUAGAAAAAUUGCAGAAAUGUGUGAUGACCCCAAAGAGAGAGAUGAUAUUUUGAGGUCUCUGGGAGAAAUUUCUGCUCUGACUGCUAAACUGUCAGACCUCCGGAAACAUGGGAAAGGAGAUUCUCCAGAAGCUCGUGCAUUAGCCAAGCAAAUAGCUACCUCCCUUCAGAAUUUGCAGUCUAAAACCAACAGGGCUGUUGCAAACAGUCGGCCUGUCAAGGCAGCUGUCCACUUGGAAGGCAAAAUAGAGCAAGCUCAGAGAUGGAUAGACAAUCCUACAGUUGAUGACCGUGGUGUAGGCCAGGCUGCAAUCCGGGGACUGGUGGCUGAAGGUCGCCGUCUUGCCAACGUCAUGAUGGGACCUUACCGUCAAGACCUGCUUGCCAAAUGUGACCGUGUAGAGCAGCUGGCUGCCCAGUUAGCAGACCUGGCAGCGAGAGGUGAAGGAGAAUCGCCACAAGCCAGAGCAGUUGCUGCACAGCUGCAGGACUCAUUGAAGGAUCUUAAAUCAAGGAUGCAAGAAGCGAUGACUCAGGAGGUAUCUGAUGUGUUUAGUGACACAACAACUCCAAUCAAACUCUUGGCAGUAGCUGCCACUGCUCCUCCAGAUGCACCCAACAGAGAUGAGGUAUUUGAUGAAAGAGCAACCAACUUCGAAAACCAUGCUGCCCGACUUGGUGCCACUGCAGAAAAAGCAGCUGCUGUUGGAACCGCCAAUAAGAGUACAGUGGAAGGCAUACAAGCGACUGUGAAGUCAGCAAGAGACCUCACACCUCAGGUAGUAUCUGCUGCUCGUAUCCUUCUAAGGAACCCUGGAAAUCAAGCUGCAUAUGAGCACUUUGAGACCAUGAAGAACCAGUGGAUUGAUAAUGUGGAAAAAAUGACAGGUCUUGUCGAUGAAGCAAUCGAUACCAAGUCUUUGCUGGAUGCCUCCGAGGAAGCCAUUAAGAAAGACUUGGACAAAUGCAAAGUGGCCAUGGCAAACAUUCAACCACAGAUGCUGGUCGCAGGGGCCACCAGCAUUGCCCGGCGUGCAAAUCGGAUUCUGUUGGUAGCAAAGAAGGAAGUGGAAAACUCAGAGGAUCCGAAAUUCCGUGAAGCUGUGAAAGCUGCCUCUGAUGACCUGAGCAAAACCAUCUCACCCAUGGUGAUGGAUGCGAAAGCUGUGGCGGGCAACAUUUCUGAUCCUGGUUUGCAGAAGAACUUCCUGGAUUCUGGGUACAGGAUUCUCGGAGCUGUGGCCAAAGUCCGAGAAGCUUUCCAGCCCCAGGAACCUGACUUCCCUCCUCCUCCCCCUGACCUUGACCAACUUCAUCUCACUGAUGAAUUUGCUCCUCCAAAACCACCUCUGCCAGAGGGUGAGGUUCCUCCUCCCCGACCUCCUCCUCCAGAGGAAAAAGAUGAAGAGUUCCCGGAACAGAAGGCUGGCGAGGUGCUGAACCAGCCCAUGAUGAUGGCUGCUAGGCAGCUCCAUGAUGAAGCCAGGAAGUGGUCCAGCAAGCCUGAUGUGACUGAUGAGGUUAAGGAAGCCCCUGAGGCUGAUAUAGAUGUAGAUCAGGAGGAGGAGGAGGAGGAAGCAGAUGUUGAAUUCACUCUCCCCUCUGACAUUGAAGAUGAUUACGAGCCUGAGCUGCUGUUAAUGCCUACCAACCAACCUGUUAACCAGCCCAUUCUGGCCGCUGCUCAGUCUCUGCACCGGGAAGCCACCAAGUGGUCUAGUAAGGGCAAUGAUAUAAUUGCUGCUGCCAAGCGGAUGGCCCUUCUGAUGGCUGAGAUGUCACGCUUGGUAAGAGGCGGUAGUGGGAAUAAACGAGCGCUCAUCCAGUGUGCCAAGGAUAUAGCGAAAGCUUCAGAUGAAGUAACAAGAUUGGCCAAGGAGGUGGCAAAACAAUGCACUGACAAGCGCAUCAGAACAAACCUGUUGCAGGUCUGUGAACGCAUCCCAACCAUAAGUACCCAGCUGAAAAUCCUCUCUACUGUCAAAGCGACCAUGUUGGGCCGGACUAAUAUCAGCGAUGAGGAGUCUGAACAGGCCACUGAGAUGUUGGUUCACAAUGCCCAGAACCUCAUGCAGUCUGUCAAGGAGACAGUUCGAGAAGCUGAGGCCGCCUCUAUUAAGAUCAGAACAGAUGCUGGAUUCACUCUACGCUGGGUCAGAAAAACACCCUGGUACCAGUAAAAAACAAGCAAACAAAAAAACCCCUCCUUCUUCUGAAAGUGUUGUCCUUUUUUAUAUAUAAAAUCCCUUGCGAAGCAAAGAGAAUUUUGUAAACAGCCAGAUGGUGCUGCAAAGAUUAAAACUAGCCCAUUUCAAGGGCUUUAACAGUAUGUUGAGCUACCUUUGGUAUCUAACCUCACCAUAGUUAAUUUCCAAAACGGUGACUACUUUUUCCCUUGCUUUUGACGGUUUUUUAGUAUGUGUUUCCAUGAACACUAUAAUUUUAGUUUCCUCUUCCCCAUUAUGCAGUGUAUAUUCCAGUGGUUUCUAUGCAAGGCAAUACAUGAAGAUUUCACUUGAGCAUUGAUUGAAACUCUGGGACACACUUGGUUUGCUUAGCUGUUAUUUGUGAGGGACAAUCAGAAAACAAGUAGUCCAGCAUUUCAGUCUUCUCUUCCUUUUUCUAACCCCUUCCAAAAAAGUGUGUUCCUAACUUUGAUUUCCUACAAAAACCUUUCCUUGCUGAAAACCUUUUACCUUCCCCCACUCCUAAUAAUAUUUCAAGUAUCAAAAUCAGGGAAUUAUCUUUUUAAUGCCUACCAACUUCAGUUCGGCAAGCUGUGAUGAUAGGACUGUUUAGUAAAGGUUGUUUAGAAGAUUUGUUUUGCCAGGAGGUGGGUUAUCAGGCAUCAAGGAAGAGAGCACCCAGCCUUCCUGUGUGUCUCACCUUAAUAAAGAACAGUUGCUAGGUGAAGAAGUUUUUUGAGCAUUAAGGCUUUUUCUACACAUUAGAAGGGCUGCUGCUUGUCCUCCCUGUCCUUCCGAUUGUUCUUGUUUAAGGAAGUACGGUUUUGGAAUUUUUCUGCCCUGCUGAAAUAGAUCUCUUCUACUUAAGAGCUAUAGAGGAGGGAUUGGCGGUACGAUUAUAGAACAUCUGCCUUUGGACUUCAGAAAGAGUUCUCGCUUCGGGCUUUACAUGCUUCCUAAUGAAAUGCUCAACACAUGCUUCAUAAAUGCAGUCUCUUCUAGUUGGAUCAGCUCGCAUUUGGAGUGGUCUCUUUCAGCCACGGUAAGGACAUUGUGUUUUGGGGAGGGUGUUUAGAGUUAAAAUAAUAUGGCCUUAUUUUAGCAUUGCUUUAGGUGUGAGCUACACGCAGGUAGCUUUUGCACAGAACGAGUCUUGGGCCCUGUGCAAUAGAACUCUCUCACACAGAGGCUCCGCUGACACGACGAAAGAGCACGUUUGUCAUGUGCAGAUGUUCCUUCCCAAGGCACUGACUCUACUUCUGAGCUGCUUGUGUACUUGCCAAAAACUCAUGUACUGAUGCUGCAAUGUCCCUGUGCUCCCAUGCAGCCACUGUUUUAUGCUCAGGAGAGUAGGAGUGUGCUGUUUGGGUGGACAAAAGGGCUGUGUCACUUGUAUGCCUGUUGAAAUUCUUAAUGCUCCCCUGAUGGGCCCUCAAUCUCUGGUGCAAUUUAAAACAGAACUUUGAAGCAGAGAAAUGUCAUGUUUAAUCUCUUGUCUCCAGCUGCCAAAAGCAGAGGGAGCUUGCUUCUCUUCCUUUUCUUGACUACUUGUGCCUGGUAAUUGCUGACUGCAAGGUACUCAAAACUGUAAUUUAGCUUCUGGCUGUACGUUGCCAGAACCAACACACGAAAGGGAGUAUCUCAGCCUUGGUCUGUAUGCCUUUCCUUUUGCUUGGUUUAUAUAAACGCGGCAGGAAGAAGAGAGACUCAAGCAGGCAGAGGGGCAUGUUUUCCUCCAGAGUCUGACAGCAAUCCCCAUCUGCCUGGUGUCAUCCAUGCAGGCUGAGGGAAGUUAUGGCCACAUUUUGCUCACCCCUGCUCUAGAUGUCUUUCAGGUCUUCUGGAAUGUCUUAUCAAUUCAUAAGUUCAGCCUUUCAUUGUGAUUUUUUAAAAACCACCACCAUUUAAGAGCUUGACUUUCUAUUAAUGCAAUAUUACUAAUGCCUUUAAUGACAUGAUGGUUUAUACCAAAGACUGCUUUUUGUUAAGGAAUGUUUGAAGGAAAGCUCUGAAUUAUACUUGUCUUGGGUAUUCAGAAUGUGUGCUAAGCAGAAAUAUCUUUUAUAGAAUUUAAUAUCCUCUACAUUUUAUGCAAUGUAUGCUUUCCUGAACACUCUUCUCCACCAGGCCUAAGAUGAAGCAAACUUGAAUGUCAGGAACAUUUUGCCACUAAAAUACCUUUGUUUAUAAACCAGAAUUUUGUUGUAUAUGCUAAUAUUUUCAACCUUCUUUGUUCUGUUCAAACAAAAUAAAAAUGCAUUUGUAUAAAAAAUA